AGCGUCACGCUUUCCUUUGCUUUCUGUAAAGUGAUUUGCUUCCUGCGCUGUCAUUACCUAGCAGGUACGGCGCUUCUACUACCUUGACUGUAAACCACAUAGAACCACGCAAUCGUUCUCUCUAUCUUUUUAUUGUAUUUUCUUGGUACGCCUUUUCUUCUCUUUAAAUACACCGCCAAUUUUUCUUUCUAUUGAUUCCUUCACCUUUUACGUUUCGGUUUUUAUCCCCUCUCUAUAUUGUUCCAGUGCUCGGAUUCAGGAACAGAGAAAGGAGCUCCUCAAACGAUCAGGAGCACCUUAAAGGCAUCCCCCCAAAAUAACCUCCAAAGGUACAGGGUUCAUCUUUGGUUGUUUGAGAAUAAAAGAAGACGUUUGUGUUCCACGAAAGGAAACGUCGGAAAAGGGAAAAAAAACCGCUCCAGCGGCGUGCAGUUUCUGUUUUCGUUCAUAAUAAUUGCUGUUUUUUUUCUGGUUGUCGUUGUUCUCUGUCGGCUUCUUUUUCGUUCUCCGCAGCAGAUACUCUUUCAGCGAUUCUUUCUUCACUCCUGUUGUGACGUGUGGCCGUCGACUUUAAUAAGCGGUGUUGUUUCCUUUCUUCUUGGUUUACCACGUGCUGCCCUCAUUCGUGCUUUUUUUUUCCCGGUCACUGAGGAAGACAAAAACAGAAUGUUGUUGUUUGGCAACUUGUUUUUCUGCUCUUUCGUUUGUGCAUCGUGGCAUUUUUUUUUGUAUUUUCGAAGCUUCUUCACGAAGCGACGUCAUUGCGGGAACUCUGUUUUCUUCUCCACACUUUUCGUCCUUUUCUUUUUCUUCUUUUACGUGUUUCUUUCCUUUCCUUACCUUUCUGAGGCUCUCCAGCGCCGCACAGGUUAAUUCAAGGCGUCCGCUGCACACACGCAUGGUGCUGUAAACAGACAAGAAAAGUAAUAGAAGAAGGUGUCAAGAUACAAUCUUCAUGUCGUCGAUACCUCUGUUGAGCGACAUUAAAGCCGCAUAUCAGCGGGCUUUUCUUCCGUACGGCAGCUGCACUGACCCCGAGUACCACAAGAUUCUCCGUGAUGCACCGGUCAACCGUGUCGCCGCCAGCACACGCGAGGACGCACGUCGACAGCUCGAGGAGCACCUGAGCCUCCUCUGCACGUCCAUCUUGAUUGGAGGCGAGCAAUUUGUGCGUGAAUUUCCUUCGUUUCUCUAUGUGCCGGUGCUCACCGACAUUUUAAUUGCCGCCCACGCCCCUCCUGCGGGCAGUGGCGAUGGCGUGAACCCGCUCGUGUGGGACUUCGAAGAAGGGAGUGUGACAUCGCUCAACAAAGCCGGCAAACCCCCGCACAGCGCCGCGGGUGUGUCUCGCGGCAGAGAGAAGAUCUCUAGGGUCCAGUCGUCGAUUCAAUACGUAGGACUCCAGAUAGCAUCACCUGUUGAACUGCUAGCCACACGCGCCCUGGCGCUCAUAGCGGGCGACGUACCUCGCGGCUGCUACGCGCUCCGCACGGUAAAAAGCCCCCAGACAAUCCCCGUUCUUGCGGCCUACCUCAGCGACCUUGAAUUCCUAGUCAUCAACGACGAACUGACGGAGGAGCUGUUGAAGUGUUUUCUCUUCUUCACCCUCAUCGCACACGAUACGUGCGUCGAGGCGAAGGUGCCGCGGCGCAUCGUGGAGCUGCUGCUUGUCGUCGAGCAGCACCACCUGCGGCUGCUGUGCGUGCAGAUCUUGUCCAACAUGCUCGCUCGGGCGCGGGAAACGGAGUUAGAGGAGGUGUGGGCACCCGUGCUCUCCCUCCUGUUGGAGGCCCUCUCUGCCUUCAUGGCGGACAGCCCUUAUCGGCCGGAGACAGCAGCGGUGGCGCAGUCGGCGGCGUCGUCGCCGCGGCGGUCAGGGGCGGCGUGGGUGGAUAGCGAGUCGUCACCGCUGGGAUCGCCGUUGGGCGUCGCCCCAGCCGGGACACACGCCCGCCGCUCCGUCACGCUCAAGGAUCAAACGCUGCUGAUGCACUACAUCGAAAGCAUCGUGCACGCGCUGGAUCGGCUGUUUGUCGCGGUCGCCGCGAUGGAGUGCCACGUCGACCUCAUUGAACAGUUUGUGGAGGUCAGCGUACAGCUCCUGCGGGCGUCAGUGCUGAUCGGCCCCUUUGAGGACAGAUGGGUCGCCCGCUCGCUCGCCCUCUCGCCCUUGACAACGUUGUAUCUCAUCAAUCCCUCCUUUGCCGUCCCGCUGCUCCUGCGCCUGCACGCGUGGGAGGCGGUGUGCGGCUGUAUGCUGGCCGCGAUCGAACGCAAGCAGUUGGAGCCGGUGGGGGCACGGAUGGCGGGGCCUCCUCCGCCUGCGGCUGCCGACGCCGCCACCGACAACGCCGCCGCGGAGGCGACGCGAGCAGGCAACGUCGACGCGUCUCACGCGUCCGCCGCCACCGCUGCCUCGGCUCCGGGUUCGUCCACUUCGAACGCGUCCGCCCGGGCGGACGCCGAUACCUCGUCCAACCCGGCCAGCGAAGACGAGGACGGUGCAUCGACGGCCCCAAACGAGGGUGCCCUAGCGCCCCCGGCCACCGCGUCCAUCAUGAGCGGCCCGGUGCUGACGACCAACGUCAUGACGAUACCGUUCAUUUCCGAUGAACAGGAGCUGCUGCCGAUGCUGGAGUUUCUGUUGAUUCUCAUGCCCUGUGCGCGCCGCGGGCAUUCUCACUGCGACUACCGCAACACGACGGGCCCGCACUUUCGCUGGACCUGGGAGGAUGACUUCCACAACGAGAUGGAGUGCAACGAGUCUCUCAGCCGUCGAUUGGAGCGGACCUACCAGCUGACGCGUCCCUUCCGUUCCCACGGACGCUACGCCAUGACGCACGGCAAGCAGCGCGUCUUCUACGCGGACUUUUUGAGUAAAAUGUACGUGAGUGAUCGCAGGCAGCGUCACGCGCUGCACCGCCGGCCCCUCAUCGCGGGCUACGUGCACGACUCCCGCAACGCCUUCUUAAACGGCUGCACGUGCUGUGCGGCAGAACCCGACCCGCUCUUCACUACCUGGGCAAACCGCAGCAACAUGAGACUGCGCACCGCCGACACCGCCAUCGGCAGUAGCAGCAGCAACGGCGGCGCCGGUAGUGGCCUCUACGCCUCCGAUAACGCGUCGAGUUCAGUGAAUGCUGUGGGUGUCGGUGAAGGGAAUGGUCGCGAGGGUCAGCGCGGCCUCGCGCACUCGUCUUCUGCGCCUUCUUUGCGUGCGAAUGCUCGCCCCACUGACCGCAGCACGAGAGGCGACCCCCCAAUCAGUCUGAGCACCCCUUUUGCGCCCGAGCCCGGUGGUAACGGUACUGGUGGUGGACGGCGGUCUGCGCAGAGCCGCGCCGCAGCGCCAACCGCCACUGCCGCCUCUCUGAUGGAGGCGUCGCACAUAGGAGGUCGAAGGUGGUCUGGAGAGGAAGGCACGAGUGCGUCUCGUGACCACAGGAGCCCACCAACCCGGGACACCACCCGCUCGUCUGCCAGCCGCUCUCCUCGCCAAGUCGGGUUUCACGACGACGACGUGGCUGACAUGGACGACGACGACGACGACGAUGACGACGAUGACGACGGCGACGAGGCGAGUAGAGUGAUCAACGACGACUUCGGGUCCUGGCAGGGCUCGCGGCGCGGCGGGUGCUGCGGCUUGGCGCUCUGUGGCUGCGGUGUUCAGGACGCGACGGCGCCGCACCGAGCUCCCGCGCAACUGCUGCGAGUCGCGGGUGGCGGUGACGGGAUCAGCAGACAUAGGCGCAAUAGCCCCCAAGUUACAAUCACCUUGCUACCGCUGGAAGCGGCGCUGGAGGAUCCGAUGGAGAAGCUGCAGAGCGACCCGGCCACACGCAAGGCGUUCCUGGGCAAGGACGUUCUCUCGCACCUGGUGCCCACGAUGAUGCCGGCGCUGCUCAGUUUACUGGACAACUGCGUGAAUCCGUUGGUCGCGCGGCACAGUCUGCUGCUGCUACUGCGGUGUCUCUCCUUGUGCGCCGACCUGCGAACGCAAGUGACGGGAGAGGUGAUCGAAGUGUCGCCGUCGAACGACACCGCGGAUGCUGCGGGGACCUCCUCGAAGCCUUCAGCGGCGGCAGGGGCAGCUCCAAGAAAGGAUAAAGGCAGCGUUCGUUUCUCGUCGUUCAGAAAGUGGAUCAUGGGCAGCAGCGGCCACAUCACCCCGCGCUGGCUGCGCAGCGAGUGGCAGGCCACCCAGACAGCCUUGCAGUGCUUCUUGCCAUCGCUGCGUGAUCUCUUUGUCGGGCUUUACUUGAUGGAAGGCGUUCACAUCGUGGCCGGUCGACAGGACGUGUUCGGCUCCGUGAAGGAUGAUUUGCUGUUGGCAGAUGAGCUCGCGCGAAUACGGAUCGCCCCGGAGUUUUGCAGUUUUCAACUGUCGGUGCCGUCGGAGCAGCUGGCAACCUCGGCGGAUGCAAUGGUGCUGCUCAUGGGAAUCUUUCCCAAGGUUAACCCAGCCAGCGCGUCGCCUACGGCAGCCACAAAACCGUCUGCGAAGAACAAAAAGGCCAGCUUUCGCAACCGCCCACCGCACCCCAAUGGAGCGACUGCACCUGCAUGCAUGUCACGGGACCCACCCUUGGAGUCGUUCACCUCCCUUGUGAAGUCCACGCGCGACGCGCGCGAGAACGAGGCCCCCCCACUCUCGCCUCACACACCGCUUGCGCCGCGCUUCCCUGACGAGGGUGUGAGACGGUUGCAGCUGUUCCCCGCUCCCGCUGGUGCUGGUGCGGAGACGUCCACGGACGACGCCGCCUCUGGGUCGCCUCAGUCCCCCAGUCACACCGCCUCUGUGAGCCAUGAAAGCGCUGACAGGGGACAGCCACACUGCCUCCCUGCUCCACCAGCCACGACGACGACGACAUCCGCGACUGGUGCGGGAGGCGGGCAGGCAAGCAACGUGCCGGGUCGGCCAUUACCAUCGUCACUAUCGCCGUCGCCGACGUACAACGCCUUGGCAGGGAAGAGCGACACCUGCGGAUCGUCCCUACGGGGCCCAAGCAGUGAAGGGAUAGCACCGCCGCCUCCGCCGCCGCCACUGGCACGCAUCUCGAGUAGCAACAUCGGCAGCACCGGCAGUGGUGGCGUCUUCACCGUUCAUCAAGCCACGUUGCUGCUGAACUACGCCCGCGAGGUCCUCCUCCGUGGACCGCGGGUUUGUGCAACGGCGAGUCAGAUUGAGCAGUCGAUGCAGAGCAACGAGUUCAAAACCGUCAUCGUGCUCGGGUCGUCGGAGGCGACUGCGGGCACUCCCGGCGUGCCGCUGCGCACGAAGGAGUUCACGCUGCGCGUGUCACCCGCCACGUCGUGCCCCUUCCACUUUUCCUUCACCCACUGCACCGCGAACUUCUUUGACGCGUCGCUGUCCCUUUUCAGGGCGUUGGCAAAACUUGGUGUAGGGUCUCCCGUUUCGCCCGCUGAAGCACGCUCGCCGAACAACUGCAGCAACAACAGCUACGAUGCACGUGUGCAUCCAGUGAAGGAGUCCACGGAUGCUGACCUCUCCCCACUGCUGCCUCCGCCCAGCACCGUCGAUGGCCGUGCUGCAUCGCGAUCUUCUUUGCUGGUUGACACUUCGUUGGAGAGUCGAGUCACCGCACCAAGUGCAGACGCGGAGAGGACCAACGAAGGAGGAAGAAGCGGCAACGACUUCGAUGCAGGCCCGGAGAACAACCGCAAUAAUACCAUUGAUGAUCGUUACACCAGCCGACGUGAGAGGGACGAAGUAGACGCGCCACGGAGCGGGUCGCCGCGGCCACCGCCGGCCAACCCAUCGCAGAGGAAGAGGGAAAGGCCUCGCAAAUGCCAGGUGCAGGCCGUCACGGAGGAGGAGGAUCUGCCCGUCGACGUGAAGCUGUCGGAGGCACCCAAGACCAUCGACAUGUAUGCGCUGUACGACGUCGCGAAUAAGGCGCUGGUGGAGGCGACGGGGCCCUACCGCCGCUUACCGCCGCCGAUACGUGCGGCGCUUGCCUUCUACGACUACUGCAAGGAGCGCGAUAUCGAGCUGCGUGCGGUGAUGGUCGAGGCACCGCACUUUAUGCGCUGUCUCGCGGAUGCGCUGCUGCGGUGGUUUAACACAGUGGUGCGCAUGCGCGAGGACGAGGCGCUGUCUUCCGCAUUUUUAGUUGACGGCGACGCUGCGUGUUCACCAAACAGCGGCUCGUCAUCACCGACGAGCGGUCGGAGCAGUAGCCGACACCUGCGUCUCGACAGCACCGCGCGUGGCAACAUUCUACGACUGGUGAGCGAGUUGGGUGCGACUGUGUUGCGGGACUUGGGCUUCGCCAGCUUCAACUUGGAGUCGUCCAUCGUGGUGAAACAGCCAUGCAGCUUCUCGAAGCGUUUGCGACGGAUGAAGUCGUUUGGCCCGGUGCGUCACCUCGUCUAUCGGCCCCUGGCAGUUUUCUUAGAGAUGAUGAGCUGUGGGCCGGCGCUCAGCCUCCCGCGACCCAGGACGAGCGAUGGCGACGGCAAGACUCGCGAGCGGCCGUCGGUGGUGGUGGUGCGUGGCAUCGCGCUGCCCGUCGUGAGCGGUGUGAGGCUGCGCAAGGCGGGCUUUGCGGUGCUGCCCUACACGACAAUGGGUGAUCUUGCGAUGGCUCUGGCGAAGCAGUUGCAGCUGCCGUCCGUGUCGCCUUCGCGCCCGCGGGGCCCCCCGCGUUCUUCUUCUGCGGUGCCGCUGCACGCCGUUCAAGGGCGACACCGUCUUUCCGAACCGCCGGAGACGCCCCCGGUGAUGAACUCGUCGCCGCUUCUCACCAGCGAGGAAAUUUUCGAGGACGCAAACAGCAACCCCAACCGCGCCAUCUCGGCCGAUCGCAUUCUCCUAUUCAUUAACAACGAGCCGAUGCUGUCGCCCUUGACGACGCUGCUGGACGGCCUCACCUCCUAUGCGGAUACCGGCUUCAGCUUGCGGUACCUCCUCACGGUGCCGCAGCAACCCGGCGACUCGGACGAGGUGCACCGCAACAAAAUCUUGACGACACUGCCCACGCUGCCGUUUUGGAUCUGCAAGCAUGAGAUCAAAUUUGUGGUGCUGGAGGAGCCGCUGCCGACUUCGCUGCUGACCGGCAACACUCUGACAAGUGUGUGGAGCACGCCGAGCGCGCGCCGCUGCGGCUGCGCCGGGAUGGAUCCGCCCUUCCUGUGCAGUCCAAAGCAUCUCUUUGAGAUCGCCCCGGUCAAUGGCUCCGUCACCCUCUACGCCGUUCUCACCGCCAUCGCGCGCAGCGAACUGGCCGACGAGGCGAGUGUGCUGGACAGCAGUCAGCGCCGUCUCAGCAGUGCGGUGGUGCAUCAGCUCUACAAUCACCUGAGCAUGUUCAUGCUCCCCCCGCUGCUCUAUUCGUGUGGCAUCGGGGCUGCUGUGCCCGGGUCCAGCAUUGAGGCGAUCGCAGAGGCGCGAAGCUCGCAGCCAAAUAUGAAGUUCCCCACCGCCUCCUACGCGCUGUGGGCCCACCCGUUCAUGUUUUCGAUGGAUAUGCGUGUCUCCAUUCUUCGCUUUUUUAUUUCCGCGCAGCGCUCGCUCAGUUUCGAGCAGUGCAAGCACAUUCUGCAGGGACAUCAGAACCUGCUGGUGCGGCGCGUUGCCGGAGAGCCGAACUUCGGCCCGGAGGAGACAUCGGCUGUGGACGGAGGCGGCGGCGGCGUUGCCACGUCUGGGCUAGGCGGAAAUGCGGACAGGCGACUGGACGUGGUAGGUUUGGAGUGGCUUUCUGAGGAAGUGCUGCGACGGCGGCGCGUGACGCUGACGGUAGACCGGCGGCACAUCUUGCAGAGUGCCGAGCAGCUCUUCGCCCUCGCUACCUGCACCUUCACCCUCGACGUCGCAUUCAGAGGGGAGGCGGGCAUCGGUCCUGGGCCGGCGAUGGAGUUCUACGAGUUGGUGGCCGAGCAGCUUCUCCGGCCCAAGUACGGUUUGUUCCGCACGGAGGAAAUUACGCAGGACGACGAGGUGGAGCUGGAGGCGGGUCGCACGCCCUCUCGGCCACUGUCCGUCUCGUCGCAGCCGCGGGCGCCGCGCAGGCGCUCGUGCAACCCGCUCUACCCCGCAGGGAAGCAGACGCCGCAGACACUGCACUACUGGGAGCUGCUGGGCCUCCUGCUGGGCCGUCUUCUGAUGAUGGGCGAAACUACCUCUCUCACAUUCCAUCCUCUUCUUCUGCGACGCAUGCUCGGCGAGGAGAUUAUGGUGAGCGCCACUCCGCCUGUCACGAGCAAUUUGGAGCUGCUGGACGCACCGCUGGCCGCGUCGCUGCGACAGCUGACGACGUUGAGUGAGGAAGAGCUCGAGGCGUGCGAUUUGUACUUCACCAUACCCAUCAGCGAGGCGGACGGUUUUGCGUCGGCGGUCGACAUCGAGGCGCCAAUGAUGGCCGAUGGUGAGCGGCGGCGCGUGACGAAGGCGAAUGUCGAGGAGUACGUGACGUGCCUGCAUUCCUACUACCUUCAGACCGUGCCUGACCUUGCGCUGCUGUAUCUGCGCCGCGGACUGCAGCACACCGUCAACCCGUUGUACCUGCAGCUGUUCAGCGCGGCGGAGCUUGGCCGCCUGUUUGGCUCGGCGCAGGAUGCAAAGAUUUGGGGGUCGCGCGAGCACUUCGCGCGCAACAUUGAAGCUGGCCACGGUUAUCACCAGCGCAGUGACAUGGUGCAAUACCUGCUGGAUGUCGUGCCACAGUGGAACGCGCAGUUGCAGCACAGUUUCCUAAAGUUUGUGACGGGAUCCAGCUGUGUGCCUUACGGUGGGCUGACGCAAGCGAUCAAGGUGGUACGUCGCGACAUCAACGUAGCAAACACGGCGGCGGAUGGGAGUCCAACAAACGCAAGUCGGGCUUCCGCAGCUGACGGCCGCACGAGCGGUGCGAACGGCACGGUGGUUAGUGGGUCUGCCGUGUCGGGCUCCACCCAGAACCACAGCUUUACGCACAACACAACCUAUGACCACACCCUGCCCACGGUAAGUACCUGCUUCUUGUACCUGAAACUGCCACAGUACAGCAGCAAAGCCAUUCUAGAGGAGCGGUUACGCUUUGCGGUGUGCGAAGGCUCCAAUUUCUUUGCAUUGACGUAA